AUGACAGAUUCACAAAAAAUAGAGUAUAAUCUGCCGGUCGACCGACAGCCUGGCUUUCGAUCCUGCGGGUCUCGGACACAUGAUCUCUCUGCAUGCUCAAAGUUCGCUCAAAUUUCACUGCCCACCUCCAGUUCGACAUGUGACUCACCCUGUCCUGACUACCUUUCACUCGGAUUGGCUACCGGCCUUAGUGGCUCUACAUCGCAGGCAUCAGCGAGUGCUGCGGCUGCCGCAGCAGCGGCCGCAGUUGCUUGUUUGGCCACCUACUCAUCAAGCAAUUCGCAGACAGAGUCAGCCACCAGUGUGCCUUCAGCCGCAGCGGCGGCGGCAGCUGCAGCUUGUUUCAACAAUCAUUUAUCCUAUCCUUCCUCCUGGUACUCAGAUGGACUUCAAGCCACCUCAACGCCACUGUUAGGAUGGACAGACAUUGGUGAGGCAAUGAACUCUGCUUCAACGCCCAGACUGCUCAGCACCGAUUGCACAACAUCCACGAAUGAGGCGUCUGCCGAAGGUACAGGAGGUAGUUAUACAGGUCGCUACUUGGCGAGUGUCUUAGAGCUGGACGGUCAAUACACAUAUUCUUCUACUGGGCAGUGCUUAUGCCCAUCUGGUCCCAACUACCAUCCGAAUGAGGGUUGCACUAAUAGCAAAGUAAUCUCUAAUGCCAAUCUUCUGCCUCCAAUCUGUCCGCCCACAGAUCACGGCUGCUACAGUCCACUUGAUCGAGAUGUCGGUGAGUUCGGCCAGGUUCGAAAUAGCUCCACUUCCCUCAGUAUGGAUGUAACCAAUAUUGGAUCCUUUGGUAUCAACGGUAGUAGUAGUAGUAGUAGUAGUAGUAGUAGUAGUAGUAGUGAUAGUAUUAGUAGUAGCAUUGGCAGUGGUGACAGUCACGAUGGUGCUAAUGAUGUCUACUUAUCCUUCUCCCGGACUCGCCUCGGCCACCCUUACGUUAUGUGCUCCGGCCAGCCUACUUCUCUUGGAAACAAUUGUUACUCGAUAGCUGGCCAGCCCCAAUCUCCCAACUACUCAAGUUACCAGUUGGGAACAGGCACGGCUUGGCCACUUCCCACUAAGCUGCGUUCGGCUUGGAUGCCAGAUAGAGAGGAGGUGGCUUCAGUGAUGAUCGGCAGCGACGCCAGUCCUGACAUCUCCACGCUAACAGGCUGCCAUAACCUCGGUUUGGACUACGCCAACUACGCCAAAGCAGCAUUUAACUACUAUUAUUCACCAGCAGCCAGCAAUUAUCUGUCCUCAGGUGGUACUCAUGAAGAGACUUCAGUAGCGAUGAGGCAUUUUGACAACUAUUACACACAGAGAUCCUCACAUUCACCAUCUCAAGACACACACCAUAAUGUCAGCUACCAACAACAUCCUUCUCUCCCUCUUCCGAAUGCGCGUUCUGGUUCCCACGUUGCCACCAAUUCCAUAGCAAACAGUUAUCGUUCAAAUCAUAACCCUCCUCAUAGCGCUCAACUGCAUCAAGAAAAUGAAAAAGGGAUCCACCAAGUUCAACGUGCCCAAAACCCUUCCAGUCCUGUUUUCUCUCACUCAUUCACAGAAUUUCACUGUCCCCACGCCUCGCAGGCUGAAUGCCCCAAUUACAUUUUCCAAGACUUCCAUGCUCCCCAGAGUCAGGCAGCCAUGGACAGAGAGAGAGCUAAGACAAGUGGUAUCUAUACAUCAGCGUUAAUGACAACACCUACUAUUGCCUCAUCUGGAAACUGCAUCCGCACUGGGAAAAGAGGUGAUACACUUUGUAUAAGAGGCCAGGACUAUGAAGAUGUGGGAGAAGAGGAAGAUAAUUAUGGAGAAGAGGAGGAAAAAAGGAAUGCCCCGAAACGCAGAAGAAAGCUCAAGCAAGUCGAGAGUAGGGGAAAAGACGAUAAAAGAGAACCUGCUGCAGCCAGUGCUGUGGUGAUGGCUGCGGCUACAGGCUUCAUUUUAACAGAUAGCCCGACCACAAAUCGCAUCCUUCAGCCUAAGCCAGGAGUAUUAAAUCAAAAUAACUCUGGCGAGACUGAGAAAUCAGACUUACUGACUCCAGUUACUUUGGGUCCGGAGGAGGCUCAGUCUUAUACCUUUAGAGCCUCUGAAAGACGUCUUGAGCCCAUGCCAGCCUUGGAUCCCGAGUUCUGUUCGCUGGAUUCGGCAUAUGGUCGUGGUUCUCCUACUGAAAAGAUGUCUGCGAAGCCUUGUUUUGAGGGUGGGAGUUACCAGUACGAUGCAGUAGAAGAGAGCCUUAUCACCUCUUCUAUCAACAUGGCGUGUGCUCGAGUCAUAGAAGCAAAUCAGUUGGCGGUCAAAACGGACUCGAAUGAAAUACUGCUGCGACUACGAGAGGUGCAGGAGCGAGAGGGUAGCCCGUUGUUUCGUUAUCCACAGAUCUGUCCUGAAACUGGAUUGGCCUUUCCUGGAUGCACUUAG